AUUUAAUUCUCCACAACUAUAUAAACGGACCCUGUUUCACAUAUUCAUUCGUUACCCACCCCCAUUCAUAAUGACUCGACUAAACUCAAAAUUAGUUCCAACCCUUUUUGUUUUUCGACGAUUAAUGCCGUUUCGCAUCUGGGUUUUGUUUCGCAUCACAGAUUUAGAUGGCAAUUGUGCCAUCGAAGAAGAUGAUUGCUAUUUGCCACUACGGAGGGGAGUUUGAAACGUAUGAAGAUGGGUUAAUGUCGUAUAGUGGUGGGGAAGCUUACGCUGUUGAUCUUGAAGUUGAUAUGCAGUUGAGUGGUUUCAAGCAAGAAGUAGCUGAAACUAUUGAUUCAAGUGUGGAUGGGAUGUUAGUGAAGUAUUUUUUGCCUGGAAAUAAGAAGAAUUUGAUUACGGUUUCUAAAGAUAAGGACUUUCAUCGGAUGGUGAAUUACUAUAAAGAAGCUGAUCAGUUUGAGGUGUUUAUAUUGAAAGAAUCUCCGCCUGCUAAGAAGAAGCCUGUUCGUAGACCGCAAAAGAGACCAGCAGAGACACAAGUGGUGGCCGUUUUACCGCCUGCUGACCUGGGCCCCGCAAAUGUAAUCCCGCUUAACGAAGUUAUGGACAACGACACCACCAAUUCGAUCACUCCAAUUCCCGACCCAGUUCCCAUCGAUCCUUUUCCUAUGCCUAUAACCAAUCACGAGCAACCCAUAGCCGCUAAACAAUGGGAGAAUCUUAUAACAGGUGUCGGUCAAAGAUUCCAUUCGUUAGCUGAAUUCCGGGAGGCGUUAAGGAAAUAUUCAAUCGCUCACGGGUUUAACUACAUGUACAAGAAAAAUGAAAAUCAACGGGUGACUGUAAAAUGCAAAUCGGACAAUUGUCCAUGGCGUAUUCACGCAUCGAGAUUAUCGACAACGCAGUUGGUUUGUAUUAAAACGAUGAGACCGACUCAUACGUGUCAAGGUGGUUUGAUAAAACCCGCUUUUCGAGCGACAAGAAGUUGGGUUGGAAAUUUGAUAAAAGAAAAGGUUAAAGAUUCUCCAAAGAUUAAGCCAAAAGACAUCGCCAAUGAUCUUAAACGUGAUUACGGAAUCGAGCUUAAUUACUCACAAGCAAGGCGUGCUAAGGAGUAUGCACGAGAACAGCUUUUAGGUUCUUAUAAAGACGCGUAUAGUGAAUUACCAUAUUUUUGUGAAAAAAUAAUGGAAACGAAUCCAGGAAGCCUCGCUAAGUUUAGUACGCACGAGGAUUUAAGUUUUCAUCGUCUUUUCGUCUGUUUCCACGCCUCGAUUUCCGGUUUCAUACAAGGAUGUCGGCCUCUGCUUUUUCUCGAUAGCACGCCUUUGAAUUCGAGAUACCAAGGAAUGUUGUUGACCGCCACUGCAGCAGACGGUAAUGACGGGGCGUUCCCGGUGGCGUUUGCGGUUGUUGAUGAGGAAACCGACGAGAACUGGCACUGGUUUUUAAGCGAAUUUAAAAACUUGGUUUUGGGACACGGGCCGAUUACGUUUGUGGCCGACUUUCAAAAGGGUUUACGGGAAUCUUUGCCGGAUAUAUUUGGCGGUGAAUGCUAUCACGCUUAUUGUUUAGGUUAUUUAGCGGAGAAAUUAAAUAAAGAUUUAACGGGCCAUUUUUCACACGAUGCGAGAAGACUUAUGGUUGAGGAUCUGUAUGCCGCUGCUCAUGAACCGAAACUCGAGGGUUUUAAAAAAUAUACGGAAGAUAUAAAAGCGAUUUCACCGGAAGCGUACAAUUGGAUUAUAGGAAGCGAGCCGGAUCACUGGGCUAAUGCGUUUUUCGGAGGUUUACGGUACAAUCAUAUGACUUCGAAUUUUGGUCAUUAUUUUUACUCGUGGGUAUCGGAAGCAAACGAAUUGCCAAUAACUCAAAUGAUCGAUGAGUUAAGGAGUAAAUUGAUGCAAUUGAUAUACGCACGUAGAGUUGAAUCGAGUCAGUGGUUGACCCGAUUAACACCGUCUAUGGAGGAAAAGUUAAAAACCGAGAUCUUAAAAGUAAGUUCGGUUCAAGUGUUACGGACACACGGAAGUAAAUUCGAGGUUCAAUUUGGUGGCAUUAACGAUAUUGUUGAUAUUGAAAAUUGGGACUGUAGUUGUAAAGUGUGGUUGUUGACUGGACUGCCUUGCUGUCAUGCUAUCGCGGUUUUGGAAAAUUACGGUAGGAGCCCGUAUGAUCAUUGUUCGAGAUUUGUUCAUGUUGAAAUGUACCAGUUGGCGUAUGCAGAUUCUAUUAACCCUAUACCGAAUAUAGAAAGAUCGAUGGAUAUUGAAUUGGAUGACGGUACGAUUCUUGUUACUCCUCCACCGACUGCUCGGACACCAGGCAGAACAAAGAUAAGGAAGGUUGCACCGGGUCAGGUUGGGCCCGCUGACUUUCUUAAGCGUCAACUUCAAUGUGGAAAGUGUAAAGGCCUUGGUCACAAUAAGAGAUCGUGCAAAGAGGUUCAUGAGCAGUAUGCAACAACUUCUUGAAGGGGUGAUGAUUUUGGUGGAUCGUAAUCGCUCUUUUUGGGUCAAGAUUUAUAACUUCAUUUUGAAUUUCUUGGCGAUUAUAGAUGUAAAUGUUGAUAGUGGUUUCAUAGGCAGGGUUUUUGAGGUUAAUUUUCUGGUAUAACCUAUUGAUCAAUACAGGGUUGGUUAUUUUUGGCCUCUAUGAAGUAGUUGAUAAAGAGGUAUUUUUUUGUCAAGCAAUAGCAUUGUACUCUUGGUGACCAAGAUAUACUUUCACCUUUAAAUGGCUUUUGAUA